UGAGUUUUGUGUUGUGUUGUGUUGUGUUGUGUGACUCCAUUUCUUGUUUCUUCUCCGAAAACUCAAGUUUUAAUCUUUUGAUUGUCGGGGUUCCUAAUGCUGUGUUGGGUUUUGUUCCAAAUUUCAGAAUCGCAAUGGAAAACUCAGACCACGACGAACCCGACAGGAAGAGGCCUCAUCUCAGCUCUGUUUCUCCUCGGAUGCCUCGAAAUUCCACCAAUUCUCCAACUGCUGAUGCAGGAGUCUUACAGUUCCAGAAUCAGCAGCUUGUUCAAAAGAUAGACAUCCAAAAGCAUGCUUUGCAUGAUCUUGAAGGAAAAAUUAGAGAGUUAAAAGAAAGGCAAAAUUCUUACGAGGACUUGUUAAUUGGAUUGAAUCAACUCUGGAUUCAGUAACACUACCAUACAUACUGCAUGCUCUGGUGGCCCUGUGAGGGGUUGGUGGGUGGAAAGCAAGGCAUUUUUUGUUACAGUCGUGAAGGAUAUGCAUAUUGGUUUUAUUUUCUUAUUUGCUUUCUAGUUGGUUGAUGAUAUGAUUCUUCUGGGUAUACGAGCUGGCAGAGGCAAAGACGCAUUGCAAAGUUUGACAUAUAUCGAUAAUCCACAAGGUUCACUUCCUUUGUGUCCUGCGGAUAAUGUAUUUCUAUGUAGAUUAAUCCAGAAAGAUUCCAUGGAAGGAAUCAGUCAAGAUGAGAUCAUAAAUUAUGUUCAGGAGGCUCUUACUUUGCGCCAGUCAUCUACAAGGGAGUUGUUGAAACUCCUUCAAGAUACUAUUGAUUAUCAGAUGGAAAGAACAGCCAGUAUAGCUCAGGUUUUAGAUGGAGACUUAUUGUCAGAAGAUGCUAUAAUCCAAAUGUCUAGGAUUGAUGAUAUGACGAAAGAGGAGGCAAAUAAUUUACAUGAAGUGAUUGAUACUCUCCAUGCAAAAUGUAGAGAGUAUACUGUUGGUAUUCAAAAUUAUAUCAACGAGUGCUUACAAAAUCAAUCUGACAUUAAAGGCUUUACAGGUGAGCUUGAUGAGAUCCUGGCUGAACUUGAAGAGAGUAGAAGAAAACUAGUCAAUCUGGAAAUGCAAAAGGAUCAAGCAAUAGGGAUGAAUUCCCCCAACACUGAUGCUUUGAAUGGAAAUCUGUCUCCUGAAAAUCCUGCAGAAAGGACCAUGAGUUUGCGUGAGUUGAAGGAUUCAAUUGAGGAAGCAAAGAUAGUCGAUGCUGAUCGUCUUUCUGAGCUUCAAGAUGCACGGGAAGAUAAUCGGACCUUGACAAAGCAAUUCCAAGAUCUUCAGAAUGAACUGAAUGAUGAUAAGUAUGUGCGUUCUUCCCGAAUAUACUCUUUGGCUAAUGAUCAACUUCAACAUUGGAUGACUGAAUUGGACCGAUAUAAAAUGUUGGUAGAGUCUCUGCAGGCUGGCAAUGUUCAUGUCACAAAAUGGGAGAAGGAACUAAAUUUGAAAUUGGAGUCUGUUGAUAAUGCAAGGCAUAUCCUUGACAAUUCUGACCAUAGAAUUGAUGAGCUAGAGCUUCAGUUGCAGAAGUGUAUUAUUGAAAAGAAUGAUCUUGAAAUUAAGAUGGAGGAAGCUAUCCAGGACACUGGGAGAAAAGAUAUCAAAUCUGAGUUUCAUAUUAUGGCUUCAGCUUUAUCUAAAGAAAUGGGGAUGAUGGAAGCUCAAUUGAAGCGAUGGAAAGAUGCAGCUCAUGAGGCUGUCUCUUUACGUGAGAAAGCAAAUUCACUGAGAGCUGCAUUGAGUGCGAAGACAAUUGAACAUAAGAGCCUUGUCGACAAAUGUGCUGAACAGGUUUUGGAAAUCAAGUCUUCAAAAAUAUUGAUUGAAAAGUUACAGAAGGAGAAUCAGGAAUUAGAAUUUGUUCUGGAUAUGCACAGCCAGGAGAAUUAUGAUAAAAGAUAUUCAGAAGUUAGAGAAUCUGAAAGUAAAGCUCACACUCAAGCUGAAUUACUGAAAAAUGCUUUAGAUGAACAUAGUCUAGAGUUGAGAGUAAAAGCUGCUAAUGAAGCUGAAACUGCUUGUGAACAAAGGCUUUCUACUGCAAAAGCUGAAAUAGAGGACUUGAGGGCCAAGCUGGAUGCAUCUGAGAGGGAUAUUUUGGAGCUGACUGAGGCUGUUAAAGUUAAAGAUGCUGAGUCAGAGGCAUAUAUAUCUGAAAUUGAGACUAUUGGUCAAGCAUAUGAAGAUAUGCAGACACAGAAUCAACAUCUGUUGCAGCAGGUGGCUGAGAGGGAUGACUACAAUAUUAAGCUUGUAUCAGAAAGUGUGAAGACAAAACAGGCACAUAACACUUUACUGUCUGAGAAGCAAGCCUUAGCUAAGCAACUUCAACAAAUUAAUGCUUCGAUAGAAAAUUCAAAGAUGAGGAUUGCACACUAUGAAGAGCAGAUGAAAGCUAUUCUAUCGGAAGGCAUUAAAUGUAAUCAAGAAGAAAAACACCUUGUAGUCACCCUGGAAUUUGCAAAGUGGGAGUUGGCUGAUGCUGAGAAGGAGUUGAAGUGGCUCAAGUCAGCUGUUUCCUCUUCAGAGAAAGAAUGCGACCAAAUUCAGAACGAGACGGAAGCUAUUCAAAUGGAAUUGGAUAGUGAAAGGAGCUCGCGGAAGAAGCUUGAGGCAGAACUCAGUGAAUUAAACAGCAAAAUUGCUGAGAUGACUUCUGAAAAUGGAGAAACCACAAUACAGAAACUCGAAAAUGAAAUAAGGAUUUGCAAGAACAUGAUCAAGUGUACUGUCUGUACUGAUCGUCCAAAGGAGGUUGUGAUUGUCAAGUGCUAUCAUCUGUUCUGCAAUCCAUGCAUACAAAGGAAUCUAGAGCUUCGUCACCGCAAAUGUCCUGCGUGUGGAACAGCCUUUGGACAGAGUGAUGUUCGCUUUGUUAAAAUAUGAGACUGAUGUUAAUAUACCUUGUAGUUAGGUAUUGGUUUUAAUGUAUAUUUGGUC